CCGAGGAAAUGAAUCUAUAAAGUAAAAUCCUGUCACCGUCCCAUUGUGCUGCUGCUGUAGAUAGAUAGAGGGAGACCCUUUGUCUUCUCUUUCACUGACACCUCCUCCUCCUCCUCCUCCUAAAAGCCAAACCCUUUUAAUUUCUAUGGUCUUUUGAGUGAAUGGCUUCAUCUCUUUUCGCAAGGACUCUCCUGGGUCAUCGCCUUUUCCACUCUUCGCCUCACUCUCUCUGCCAAAAGCCCCAAUUUUUCACCUCCCUCUUCAAUAAGGGAACAGAACACUUUCGAGCUGACCCUACCUAUACAAAAUAUAGAACAUCUGCCUGGGUUCCUCGUGUUAUGGCUUCAUCAGUUGCUGGCGCAAGAGCUGAUUUUACAACACAAUCUGUGUCUACAAAAGAGCCUGUUGUUUCUGUUGAUUGGCUCCAUGCUAACCUCAAAGAGCCUGAUCUGAAGGUGCUAGAUGCGUCUUGGUAUAUGCCUGAUGAGCAAAGGAAUCCAAUUCAAGAGUAUCAGGUUGCUCACAUUCCUGGUGCACUUUUCUUUGACGUGGAUGGAAUAUCAGAUCGCAAUACAAAAUUACCGCAUAUGUUACCAUCAGAGGAAGCCUUUGCUGCUGCUGUUUCUGCUCUUGGCAUUGAGAAUAAAGAUGAUCUUGUUGUGUAUGAUGGAAAAGGGAUCUUUAGUGCAGCUCGUGUGUGGUGGAUGUUCCGAGUAUUUGGCCAUGACAGAGUUUGGGUUUUAGAUGGAGGCCUGCCAAGGUGGCGUGCAUCUGGAUAUGAUGUUGAAUCUAGUGCCUCUGGUGAUGCAAUUUUGAAAGCUAGUGCUGCCAGUGAGGCAAUAGAGAAAAUAUACAAGGGACAAGCAGUUGGGCCCACCACAUUUGAGACGAAGUUUCAGCCACAUCUUGUCUGGACUCUUGAUCAGGUUAGAAAAAAUGUUGAGGACGGAAGGCACCAACAUAUAGAUGCCCGAUCAAAGGCCAGGUUCGAUGGAACUGCAUUAGAGCCUCGAAAAGGCAUAAGAAGUGGUCAUGUACCUGGAAGCAAGUGCAUUCCUUUUCCACAAUUGUUGGAUUCUUCAGCGACACUCUUACCAGCAGAUAAGCUGAAAGCCCGAUUUGAUGAAGAAGGUAUCUCCUUGGAAAGCCCUAUCGUUACUUCAUGUGGUACUGGUGUGACAGCUUGCAUUCUUGCAUUGGGUCUUCAUCGACUUGGUAAGCCUGAUGUACCAGUCUAUGAUGGAUCGUGGACUGAAUGGGGAGCGCAGUCCGACACACCCGUUGACAGUUCUACAGAAAGUGUGUAAUGGAGUGGUAUUGCCGGAUGCUUGUUGGAACCAUGAAUAGCCUGGGGUUUGCCAAUACUCAGAUUACAACGAAAGAGGUUGCAUCUCAAUUAAGACAUCCGGUAUAAGUCAUGCUAUUGAAUUGCAACCUGUGUUUUUCUUGUUAAAAUCUCAACCUUUAGUCCCCUCCCUUGUUUGAACACUGAUGAGAAUCAUCCUUGGUGGUAAAUAUUUCAAGUCGAAAACCAUGUACUCUUCCUUGGCUUGACAAAGUAAAUAAGUUUUGUUUCCAUA